GUUGCGGUCAAUAUGUUGAAAUCUAUCGUUAAGUUUGUAUUAGUUGUAAGUCUUGGUUGUGUUUUGGGUAAACAUGUGAGUAAAGAUGGUACUGAUGACAAAAUGGAACAAAUUGCACAGAAACCAGUAUGCCACUACAGUGAUCCAGGAGUUUCGGGAUGCAUCAUCAGAGUUGCAGAACAAGCCAGAAAAUUGCUCGCGCAUGGCAUUCAAUCGUUUGGGAUCCAACCCCUGGAACCUCUCAAAAUACCAAGCAUUCGACUCCGCCAGCACAAUAUGCCACAGAACAGGUUCAAAUACGACGCGUGGCUCUCCGAUGUCUCUCUGGAAGGACUCACGAACUACACAUUCAACAGCUUAGACGUUUAUCCAGAUGAGUUAAGAGUCAGCGGUAACAUAAGUCUACCACAUCUGAUGAUGUCUGGAGAAUACGUGGUGAUCGGAGAGUUCCAGAUGUUGCCAGUAGAGUCCACUGGAUUGAUUUAUGCAAAUUUCACUUACUGUACGGCAGCCCUAGAAGCAGUAGGUGCGAAGGUUCACAAGAGAAUCGUGAUUAAAGACGCUAACGUCAAGAUGCGAUGCACCGGACCUGUCGACGCCAGUCUGAAAGAAGCUCACUCCACCACGGGGGAAAUGGAAAUGGUGACGAAGCAUAUAGUGCACAUGCAUGCUAUGGAGUUGACUAAGGAAGUCCAACCAGCGGUGGAGACAGCACUAUCCAUGGUGCUUGAAGACAUCGCUAACAAGUUCCUCAAACAUGUUCCACCAAACAUGGUGUUUCCAGCCUAG